AUGAGCGGGCUUUCUUCUUCUUUUGAAUCUGAUGAAUCAUUAGAUAUUCAACAAUUGUCAGACUUGAAUAGGAAGCUUCGUAUCCAGAAUCAGCAGUACAUUGAAGCAAUUGCGUCGUUAAAACUCGAUUAUCAGCAAGCUCUCGGAUUUGUUGAGAAAAACGAAAUAUUACAAAGAGAAAACAGUACUCUCCAACAAAAUUUACAUGAUUUAAAUGCAAAAUAUGAUGAUUUACAGAACAGAUUUACAUUUCUCUUACAAAAACAAGCUGACGAAGCCAAAAACACCAAGAUCAAUGGAAAAAAUAACACCACUGUUUCUUUAAUGAUGCAGAAACAGAAAGAGCUUGUAGAUUUGAUCCAAACGUUAAAAAACGAUUUCGAGAAAGAAAAGAAACAAAAAGAUGAUAUUGCCCAACAAUUAUCAAAUGAGUUGUCAGAAAAGCGAAAAUCACUUAAUCAGUUACUUACUGCGUCGAAAUUUCAUUUUGGUUAUGAUUUUUCGAACUUUUCAGCUGUAAUCAAUGCAUUGACAAGCGCAAAACAAGCAGUUCAGGAACAACCAAAGGAAGUUAUCAUACAGGAUCAAAAAAUUCUUGAUCAAAAUUCAAAAUUAAAAGAAAAGAAUUCAAAAUUAAAAGGAAUAGUUUUUGAAUUAGACAUAAGAGUUAAAGAACUCGAAAACGAUCUCGAUUUAGCUACAGUACAAAUUAAAACUCUUACGGAAAAGCUCCAAACAAAUCAAACAGAGUUUAACCAUCAAUUGGAACUAAAUAAUAUCAGAGCAGAGAAAUCGAACAAACUAUAUGAAGAUCAAAUACAAUCCCUAAAAGCUAAAAUUGAUCGUCUAACUUCGCAACUAUCGAAUUUACAGAAUAUUAAACAGGAAAAGCAACAACCUGAACCAAAAGAAGAAAAGAAUGACUUACAGAUACUCCAGAAACUACACGAUACACAAGAAAACCUUGAAAAAGAAAAACUUAAAUCAAAUAACUUACUUUUGAAACUAGCAGAGCUCGAAACAAAGCAGAAAAUACUUAAUAACAAAUCAAAAGACAAACGAGAACAAAGAGAAAGUUAUACAAAUUUAAUUUCUAUCGAAAAUGAAAAAUUACAUAGGGAAAUAGAGUCUUUAAAGACAGAAAAAGAGUCAUUACUAGCUGAGGUUCGUGCAGCACAUACCAGCUACAACCAAGCAAAGCUUGCAUCCGAAACUUCUGAAGCAAAUAAAAAUUCAAUAUUGAAAGCCAACAAAAAGAUCAGCGAUGAAGUCGAUCAAUGCAAGAAGGAAAUCACAGAACUAAUAAGCCAAAGAGAGAAAUUGAUUAUUUUACUUCAGAAACAAAACUAUUUGAUUUCCAAAUUAAAUGAUCAACCGAAACCAGAAAAAACAGAAGAAAAGACUAUAAUUAAACUUAUUAAAGAAGAAAUACCGUCGACAAGUUACUAUUGUGCAGAUUUUCCGCGUGAAUUAUGCCAGCAAAUCAAUUUGAUCUCUUCUUCAAAGGAACUGAACGACAGCCAGAAACUUCGGAGAGUUCUCCAGGUAAUUUCAUCAUAUUACAACUCUCUGAUUGCAAAUUCAGCUGAGAAUAUCUCAAAAUUGAAGAAAGAAAAUGAUUCAACCAAAAGUGAACUGGCCAAUUAUCUUUUAGCUCUUUCUGAAGUUCUAAAACGGAACAUCACGAGUCCAGACGAUUUCAUCACCUGCAUGACAGAGAUUUUCGAAGAAUUGGACAAUGCAAAAUUCAAUAUGGAAAAAUACCAAGAAAUUUUGGAAAAAAUUUAUCAAAAAAUUGGUUCUGAAAAUGUUGAAUACGAAAUCGAUCAAAUUUUCAAUAGUUUACAAAAGACGAUAAGCUGUUUAGAGCGCACACGUAAGAAGCUUGACGAUAAGAAGCAGCAAAACAAGGAACUUCGCGCGAAACUCUCUCUUGAGGAAGAAAACAACCAAAAGAAAAUUAAAGAAUUUAAUACAAAAAUUGAAUACUUUACAAAUCAAUUGAAAACUGUCAAUAACAAAAACUACGAAUUACAGAAAGAUCUCGAGCGACUCAAGUCAUGUAAUUCAUCCUCAGAGCAGGAGAAGCAGCUAAGACUGACCGAAAAAGACGAUGAGUACGAGAUGAAACUGAAAGAAAUCCAAGACAAAAACAAAGAAGAAAAUGAGAAACUUUCGGACAAAAUUUCCGAAAAAGAAGAGGAAAACAAGAGACUUUCAGACGAAAACAGCAACCUCAUGAACAAGCUACUCAAUGCAGAGAACUUAGUCAACAGUUUGAAGCAGACAAUUUCGAAUUUGAACACAGAAAUCGACAACAUCAAAACAGAUUACGAAGUCCAGAUUUCCGAAAUCGAAAUUGAAAACAAGAAACAAAAGGAAGAAAUCGAUCAGAAGAACAAGAAACUGCUUGACGAAAAGUCUCUCAAGUUCAGAGAACUGAGCGAACUCCACAACAAGACAAUGAACGCUCUGGUCGAAAGCGAAAGAAGACACAGCGAGGAAAAGAAGAAGAGGAUUGAAAUGGAAACAGAAAACGAAUUCAUCAAAAAGGAAAUAGAGAGUUUGAAGGACUUGCAGAAAUCACACGACCAGAUACUGAAUGCAAAAGAGAAGGCAAUGAAGAUAUCCUAUGAAAUGAAGGCGGAAGAGACUGCAAGAAAAGAAAGAAACUCUUGCCAAGAAGAAAUUAGAAAAAUAAUUAAUUUUGCAGCAAAACAUUUGUCUGAUUACUUUGAUAUCUGCUCGCCUUUGAACGAAGAAACAUAUAAUAGCAUAAUCAUCAAUGCUUCAAAUGAUAUUUCUAGACUCAAGAAACAGGAUUUCAGAGUUAGAUCUUUGCUCGGAAUGAAUGAUGAUGAGAAAGUGGAGGAUUUCAUAUCAAAAAUGCUACUUUCUUACAAUUCUAAUUAA